UCACUUCUUGGAGUUUGUCAGAAUUAGUGGGUUUUUGUUUGUCCACCCGCCUCUUGAGGAUUGACCACAAGUUCUCAAUGGGAUUAAGAUCUGGGGAGUUUCCAGGCCGUGGACCCAAAAUUUCAACGUUUUGGUCCCCGAGCCACUUAGUUAUUACUUUUGCCUUAUGGCACGGUGCUCCAUCGUGCUAGAAAAUGCAUUGUUCUUCACCAAACUGUUGUUGGAUUGUUGGAAGAAGUUGCUGUUGGAGGGUGUUUUGGUGCCAUUCUUUAUUCAUGGCUGUGUUUUUGGGCAAAAUUGUGAGUGAGCCCACUCCCUUGGAUGAGAAGCAACCCCACACAUGAAUGGUCUCAGGAUGCUUUACUGUUGGCAUUACACAGGACUGAUGGUAGCGCUCACCUUUUCUUCUCCGGACAAGCCUUUUUCCAGAUGCCCCAAACAAUUGGAAAGAAGUGGCUUCUUUGCUGCCCUUCUUGACACCAGGCCAUCUUUCAAAAGUCUUCGCCUCACUGUUCAUGCAGAUGCGCUCACACCUGUCUGCUGCCAUUCCUGAGCAAAGCCAUGGUUAACAAUAGAAGAACAAUCAUUUCAAGCAUCACCCUCCUUUUAACAUGUCAAGUCUGCCAACUCUUCAUAACAUUCUGGAGUAUAUGCAAAUUGCUAUUAUAAAAACUUAAGCAGCAACUUUUCCAAUUUCGAAUAUUUAUGUAAUUCUCAAAACUUUUGGCCACAACUGUACAUGCAUUUUCCUUCUCUGAGUGGUAUCACAAAUUUAAAAGAUUAUUUUUGUAACACACCAACAGAUGGCAGCACUGUGAGGCAGAGGUACAGUAAGGUGGCUUUACCUUCGUAAGUCAGUGUGCCAAAAGACAUCGUCCUGUGUACAUCGGGAGCUGUGCAACUAGAGCCAAUGAGACCACAUGCGUUACCACAUCUGCUUUUUAUGUCAUGGACAACAAGUUAGAACAAAUAGCGAUUGUGAAUUUUUGCAUGAAACUGGGCAAAUCUGCCACAGAUACAUGAUUCGGCAAGUUUACAGCCAUGCUGCAAUGAAUUGUUCAAGGUGUUGUGAGUGGCACGUGCACUUCAGUGGAAGAACAUUACUGGAAGACGACGAAAGAUCACGAAGACCUUCAACAAGCUCAAUCCCUGAAAAAUAGAACUUCAGAGCACUGUGUACAGGAGAGCAUGGGUUUGGAUACAAGGGUUCCAUUUUCCACAGAAUCAUUCCUGAGUUCAUGUGUCAGCUCGAGUGCGUUUAUUUUUUACAGGGUGGAGAUUUCACAAAUCACAAUGGCACUGGCGGAAAAUCAAUUUACGGGAAGAAAUUCAACGAUGAGAAUUUCCAGUUAAAACACACUGAACCAGGUGUGCUGUCAAUGGCGAACUCUGGUCCGAACACCAACGGAUCUCAGUUUUUCAUCUGCACUGCCAAAACAGAAUGGCUUGAUGGCAAGCAUGUUGUGUUUGGUCAAGUGAAAGAGGGCAUGGAGACUGUCAGGGUAAUGGAGUCGUAUGGUUUGCAUGAUGGAGGAACACUUAAGAAGAUUGUCAUCACAGACUGUGGGGAACUUAAAUAAAAUACGGCUUUACACUGCACAGAGCCGACAAAUGACUCUUCUCAUGAACAGUAAAUGAUUAAUCCCAAGCCAAAAGGUAAAUAAUUUGAUUUUAUAGCCAAUACUGCAUUUGGAUGUAAUUCUUUCUGAUUAUAAAGAUCUAAUGUUUUAUGACGUUUUGAUUUAAAUAAAUAUGACCCGCUUUUAUGUGUGGGGAAAUUAGUUUCAGUGCCUUAUGCUUGCUAAGUAAGCUCUUCUGCACAACAUAUUAAAUCUUAACAAUUUAAAUUAAACAUUAAAGUUUAAAAAAGGGCAUGCAGUUUGUAUAACUUUACAGAAUAAACUAAACUGUAU